AUGAACACAAUCAGUUCAGCCACCAAAAUGGAGCUUUCGUCAUAUUAUUAUGGAUUCUUUUUCAAUUUACAGGAGCUGUGUAAAAAGCUUUUGCUCCUAGCAAGUACUCCGUUGUCGUCGAAUACUAAAAAGACAAUAGCAUAUUACGAAGAACAGCUGAAAUCAGCAACAUCAUAUGAAGAAUGGCUCAAAAUAGCUUCGAUGCUGGAUGAGAUGGAUGGUUCUUACGCAUGGAGAGAAAACAUGAAAUCGAAAGACUACGACUGGGAACUCAUCAAGACGAGACUGGAUCAAAUGAGGGAGAUACGAAGGUCAAACAAAGGUCAAUCAGCCAUGAUAUUUUUUCUUAGAACAAGCCUAGCAAGAAACCUUGGCGAUAUGGGUAAUCCCAAGCUAUAUUCGCAUUCACGCGUUGGAACGAAGAAGUUAAUUUCAGAGUACAUUGACGAAGUUGUGAGACAACUUAAUUGGAUAUGUGAGGAUGAAGAACAGAAAACAGAGGGAGAUGCAGAAGAGUGUUCUGCGCAAAAUGGCAGUAAUGCAAGUAGAGGCUUAGAUUUGAACGAUAAAUAUGAGUUCUUUAUGAAUAUUAGACAAAGCUUUGGUAGAACAGCGCUGCUCCUAAGUGGUGGCGGAACAUUAGGACUGAACCAUCUUGGUGUGAUUAAAAGCUUAUUUGACGCGAAAUUGUUACCAAGAAUCAUAUCAGGUGCUUCAAGUGGAAGCAUUAUGGCUUCUCUUAUAUGCACAAAAACAGGAGAUGAGCUACCUUUUGAUCCGUCUAUUGUGCGUUUGGAUGUAUUUGAGAGAAAUGAUCAGCCGGAUACACCAUUAUUGCGAUUACAGAGGCUUUUGAUGAGUGGCCAGUUAUUUGACAUUGAGGUUUUUCGAGAAGCUAUCCGAUCUAAUUUAGGGGAUAUUACAUUUCAGGAAGCAUUUUAUCGGACGCGCUUUGUGUUAAACAUAACUGUUAGUUCGUCAACCUUAUAUGACAUGCCUCGUCUAUUAAAUUAUUUAACAGCGCCUGACGUGUUAAUCUGGUCUGCAGUAGCGGCAUCAUGUGCGGUUCCAAUAUUUUACGGCUCCAGCCCUUUAUUUGCAAAAGACAAAACUGGCAAAAUAAUACCAUGGAACUCUACAGAACAACUUUACAUUGAUGGCUCUGUGGAGAAUGAUUUACCAAUGAAUAGACUAGCAGAACUAUUCAAUGUGAACCACUUUAUUGUAUGUCAAGUUAACCCACACGUUAUUCCAUUUCUACAAAAGGCCCCUGCACCUACUAAAUGGAGGCAAGUAGCCAGCUUUUGUAUGCGUUUAGCAAGAACUGAAUUACAACAUCGUUGUACUCAACUUACGGAGAUUGGUGUGUUGCCUUCCUUAUUCAACAAAAUUCAAUCCAUUAUCUCACAAAAGUAUUAUGGCGAUAUAACGAUUAUACCAGAAAUAAGGUAUAUGGAUUUCUUAAAGGUCCUAACCAAUCCAACACCCGAAUAUGUUUUGGAAUGUAUACAGCGAGGAGAAAGAGCUACAUGGUCGAAGAUGUCCAUUAUAAAGAACCAUUUACAAAUAGAAUUAUUGAUCGACCAGAUGUUAUAUCGGUUACGUUUACUUCGAUUGGAACGGAUGAAGAAGGCACCUUUAUCGCAAAAACAGAACAAAGGUAGACCUGCUUUAGAGAUUCGUUCGAAUUCCUUAUUUGGUAUAUCAAACCAGCAUCUCUCUGAGCACCAACUUCAUACAUUCAUGAGCCAGAACUGCAUUGAUGAUGAUGUUGUUGACGAAGACAAGCAGCAACAACAGCAAUACUUGACAAACAAAGGGAGAAGGAGGAAGGGCCCACAACUGUCUCAACGCUCCUCUUCUCUACAGCACCUCAAGGAAGGGGUGGCAGAGUUUUCUUUCACUCCCUCUGGCAAUGUCAUAGGUACAAGAACUCCAUGUAUAAUAACCGGCUCUCAAAGCACACCCAUGAUGAUCACGUUAACAGACCCAUAUGAACUCAACCAUAAUGACGAGCAUAUAAUCGCUACAACUGCUAGCGGUGUCAAAAGCAAUGGUGGCAGCAGUAGUAGUAUGGAUAAAGAAAGAAGACAUACAAAGCGAAAUCUCUUGAUGACCAAACACAAGAAAUAG